AUCUCUGCGGGCAUUCUUCUCCUCCUCUCUUCCCUGUCUUCGCCAACGUUUGUCAUGUCCAAAAAUCCGUACACGAACGCUCCUCCGCUGAAGGGCCCCGCCUCGGCGAAAUCGCUUGCUGACAAGGAACCGUUAUUCGGCUUCUUGCCUAGGAAGGUCACCUCGCAACAGGUGCAAAAAGCAAUGAAAGGUGACCACAACCCAUUCACGAAGCAGCCUCAUACGCCUCAAUACAAGAAGAUAUUGGAGGUCCGGAAAAAGCUGCCUGUCUAUGCGCAAAUGAACGAAUUCUUGAAGAUGUUCAGCGAUAAUCAGGUUAUCGUGAUGGUUGGGGAGACGGGGUCGGGGAAGACUACUCAGAUACCGCAGUUCGUCUGCUUUUCGGAUCUCCCUCACACGAAGGGCAAGAUGGUGGCAUGCACACAGCCUCGUCGUGUAGCAGCGAUGUCGGUGGCGAAACGCGUUGCGGAUGAGAUGGACGUUCCACUUGGCAAGCAGGUCGGCUACUCGAUACGUUUUGAAGACAUGACCGAGCCAGGUACGACGUUCCUAAAGUACAUGACGGACGGCAUGCUCCUACGUGAAGCCAUGAACGAUCCCAAUCUGGAGCGAUACUCGACGAUCAUCCUGGACGAAGCGCACGAACGCACACUAGCGACGGACAUCCUGAUGGGUCUGCUCAAGUCCCUUGCGAAGCGCCGUACCGACCUCAAGAUCAUCGUCAUGUCUGCAACUCUUGAUGCCCUCAAGUUCCAAAAGUACUUCUCACUAUCACAAUCCGGGGAGCCAGCUCCAUUGCUCAAGGUCCCUGGACGUAGUCACCCGGUGGAAGUAUUCUAUACACAGGAGCCAGAGCCAGACUACGUGGAGGCGGCGAUCAGGACCGUGCUGAUGAUUCAUCGGGCUGAGAAGCCUGGCGACAUUCUGCUGUUCCUCACUGGGGAGGAGGAGAUUGAGGAUGCUUGCAGGAAAAUCAAGUUGGAAGCAGACGAUUCGAUGAACAAAGACCCUGGCAGCGUCGGUCCGCUGGUGUGCAUCCCUCUGUAUUCGUCUCUCCCGCCGCAGCAGCAGCAGCGCAUUUUCGACCCACCGCCGCCACCUCGGACGCCGGACGGACCCCCUGGCCGCAAGGUUGUCAUAUCAAACAACAUCGCGGAGACAUCGCUCACGAUCGAUGGCAUUGUCUACGUAGUGGACCCGGGCUUUUCGAAGCAAAAGGUGUACAAUUCCCGUAUAAGGGUCGAGUCCUUACUUGUCAGCCCGAUUUCGAAAGCAUCUGCGCAGCAACGAGCUGGAAGGGCGGGGCGGACCAGGCCUGGGAAGUGCUUCCGGCUGUAUACAGAGAAGGAUUUCAUGAAGGAGCUGGAAGAACAAACACAUCCGGAGAUAUUGCGGAGCAACCUGGCCAAUACGGUCUUAGAGCUGGUGAAGCUGGGUAUACAGGACCUUGUGCGAUUCGAUUAUGUUGAUGCGCCGGCACCGGAGACAUUGAUGCGUGCCCUCGAGCUUCUCAACUAUCUGGCCGUACUGGAUGACGAAGGCAGACUGACGCCGCUUGGCGAAGUCAUGGCCGAGUUCCCUCUUGACCCUCAGAUGGCGAAGAUGCUGAUCGUCAGCCCCGAGUUCAACUGCAGCAAUGAGAUCCUCACAAUCGUCGCGAUGCUUUCAGUGCCAAACGUCUGGCUACGUCCGCCUAAUCAGCGGAGAGAAGCCGACGCGGCGAAGGCGCUGCUGACCGUCCCGGACGGCGACCACCUCACAUUGCUGAACGUUUACAACAGCUACGUACAGAAUGCGCAUGACCGAAGUUGGGCGUGGAACAACUACCUCUCGCAACUCGCGCUUGCGCAGGCUGACAACGUGCGCUCGCAGUUGGAGCGGACGAUGGAGCGAUACGAGAUUGCCCUCGUCUCGACCCAAGACCAGCGAAAGCUGUACAUGAACGUGCGACAAGCCCUUGUGUGCGGCUUUUUCAUGCAGGUUGCACAUAAGGAAGGCGAGAAGGGUGCCUAUCUCACGGUCAAAGACAACCAGGUCGUGAGCCUGCACCCUUCAUGCGGGCUUGAUACUCAGCCGGAGUGGGUUAUCUUCAACGAGUUCGUACUGACGACCAAGCCGUACAUUCGUACAGUCACGGAAAUUAGACCUGAGUGGUUGCUCGAAUUUGCUUCGAAUUACUAUGACCUGGCUACGUUUAAUGCUGGAGAGACGAAACGCGCUCUGCAGGGAGUGCAGAACAAGCGUCUGAGAAAGGUGGCGGGCGUGGAGGAUGCGAACGGCAAGUUGGAACGACCGUCUAAGCAAGCACGAAAGGGCCAAUAGAGGGCAAUGUUGGUGUGAUUGUAUGUCGUUGCAAUGCGUGGAUGCUCUAUGAUAGAUCGAUGUUUCUGUUCAAUUGGUCCCCGUUUGGGAGAGAACUG